AUGGGUGGCCUGACGGGGCCCCCGGUAAAGGGCCAAUGGUGGUUCCUUCGGGAGGCAGGGUCAAGCAGUAAAUUCGCCGUUAGAAAACUCACCGGGGCCCGGGUGCUCACAACCCGCAAGUUGCUUUCCGUCGAGGACGGGGGUUUGGGGCGGGGUUCCUGGAAAUCUGAGUGGUCAGAAGCCCAUUGGGGUGCCCCAAACGAAAAACGACCCUUCCAGGCCCCGAAAACCGUGUAUCCUUUUACCGCGUCCCCGAUCCCACCAUCGCAGUCCUGCAUCACCCCAGGUCCCGAAACGGUCGUGGGCGAGACUUCCCCCCCCAGUACAUUACACCUACAGCCCCCAACCCCUUCCCCGACCCCAGGGCAGACAAAUUCCCCCGGGUUCUGCAAGUUGGGGCUGCCAAUUCGCCCACCCCAAAAGCGGCUGCGGGGAAAUUUCCGCACUGACGAACCCCUCAAAGUGGCAACGACAACCACCACACACUUCAAGCACCACAUCGUCACGACCUUGGACCACCAUUUUAUUUUCCCCUUGCAGGGCCAAACCCCCCAGACGCUUCCGCCUUUGCCCCGACCUUACCAAACCCCCCCAAAACCCCUCAAUGCAAAUGAGGGGGGCAUCCCCCAAAAAACAGCUGUGACCCUGCCCUUCGGUCUGUACAAAAUUUAUUUCGAAUGCCCUUUGGGGCUCCCAAAGCCCCAGACCUUGCAGCACUCCGGCCCAUUCCCCCGUGGGCCCACAGGGAAAACUGAAGCUUUCGGGGGCUGGGAAAACGCCCUUAAACCUCGGCGGCCCUCCCCAAAAAAACCCCCACGGGAGGGAAGACUCCAAAAUUUGCCGUUUGACCCUCUGGGGAAACCCCCGGGAGCAUUUCUGCCAAAAAAGACCCCGGGAAAAGGUUGGCAACCCCUGGCUUUCUUUUCCCCAAAAAAUCUUGAUGGGCCACAAGCCCCUCCCUUUGACUGCACAAAGGGGUCGCCCUUUUGUCCCCGCGUAAAGAGAGGCACCGGGAUUUUGUUGCCCAGUUCACCACUGAAUCACAUAUCCAAGGCACCAACCCAGGCCAAGCCUUUCAAGUUCGAUACCCAGGACGCCCCGGCAGGGUGCCGCAUUUAUCGAUCCAGCACAGAAAAGGUUCCCGACAUACCAAAGCCCCCCUGGGGUACCCUUUCCCAACGGCAUUUCGACAAAAUCUCGACGUAG